AUGAAAAUGCGACGGCACAGGGUGUUCUUGCUCUGCACGGUGGGCCUGUGCGUCAUCUCCUUCCUACACUACUACAAGGCCCUCCACUAUGUCUCCCUGCUGCGCGAGCUCUCCGCCCCGUACCCCAACAUCAAGUCCUUCAUCAUGGUCUCCGGCUUCUUCUGGAGGGAGAAGGAUGUGGCCUCCACCCCGCUCAGCCCCGCCUCCCCCGAAGAGGCCCCACCCUUACCAGUUAUCCGUCAGUCGGACGCCAAAGCCAGAGGCCAGUCAGGUGCUGUGGGAGGAGGAGGAGGAGGAGGAGGAGGCAGAGAAGGAGGAGGGAAGGGUGUGGGGAUUAGUGGAAUCAUGGUUGGAGGUGCUGGGAUUGUUGGUAGGGCCGGGCUGGAGAUGAGGCUGAGGGAGGAUCCGGCUGCUCCUCACCCCUGGGAGAAACCAGAGGAGAACCAGCGGGGAGAUUCUCCCAAUGAGGAGAGAGCUGAGGACAAAUUGAGGCUGCAGGACCCCAACCACCAAGUUGAACCUGCUGCGCCUGACGUCCCUGAUGUCCCAUUGCCUGGAAAAGAACAAAGGGUGAUAGCCCUCAAGGAUCAAUUGUCGGACCCCUUAGAAUCCUUGGGAGACCUCCACACCCACACAUUCCAGCUUCAAAAUGACAAAACACCUUACUUUGUCCGAACCAAAGCCGGGGCUCUUUGCUUUAGGCAGGGGACGGAGGUGGCUACACCGAAAGAGUACUCUGGGAAAUUAGGGGGGGCUGUGGCCAACGGAGCUGGGGAAGGAGCCCGGGCCGGGGCUGCCGGGCAGCGGAAACCUCUGGAAGUCCAGCAGCAGCCCUCCAUAGCGCCUAAAGCCAAGACGAGGGCCAGGGGCAACGGGAAGCGGCUGGUCAAGUGUGUGUGUCGGCCGGGGUGGCACGGACCUUACUGUGGGGUUCCCACCAUGGUGUAUCACUCCAAUCUGCCAACCAAGGAGAGGCUGACACCCAGGGAGACCCCGCGGAGGGUGAUCAACGCUAUCAAUGUUAACCACGAGUUUGACCUGCUGCACGUGCGCUUUCACGAGCUCGCCCAAGCCGUUGAUCUGUUCCUCGUGUGUGAAUCCAAUUUCACUGCCUACGGGGAGAAACGGCCGCUGAGUUUCCUGCGGCUCCUCCUCAACGGUACGUACGACUACGUACGUCACAAGAUCCUGUACGUGUUCCUCGACCACUUCCCAGAAGGCGGUCGCCAGGACGGCUGGAUCGUUGAUGACUACUUGCGGACAUUCUUGACACGUAACGGCAUGUCCCGGGUGGUGGGAGCCAGGCCGGACGACGUCUUUGUCAUCAAUGACGCAGAUGAAAUCCCAGCACGUGAGGGCCUUCUUUUCCUCAAGCUGUUCGAUGGCUGGACGGAACCUUUUGCAAUCCACAUGCGCAAGUCACUGUAUGGAUUCUUCUGGAAGCAGUUCGGCUCCUUAGAGGUGGUGUCUGGUUGCACGGUGGGGAUGCUCAGUGACGUCUAUGACGGUGACGGUAUUAAACUGCGUCGCCGCGAAUACUACACCAUGCCGGGAUUUCGCAAGUACGAGAACGACACGGGCCACAUCCUGGUGCAGUGGUCGGUGGGCAGCCCCUUCCACUUCGCCGGGUGGCACUGCUCCUGGUGCUUCUCGCCGGAGGGCAUCUACUUCAAGCUGGUGUCGGCGCAGAACGGAGACUUCCCGCGGUGGGGUGACUACGAGGACAAGCGAGAUCUCAGCUACAUCCAGGAUCUGAUCCGGACGGGGGGUUGGUUCGAUGGCUCCCUGCAAGAAUAUCCUCCGGUGGACCCCAAAGAGCACAUGUACGCCCCCAAGUACAUGCUGGAGCACUUUGACAGGUACCGCUACCUCCUAGAGAACCCUUACAACAAAGUGUCCAGACCGAGCGAGGGCUAGGAGGUCCGCUGGGUGAAUAAACGUGAAAUAACUAGUAGGGCCCGAGUGGGGCCUCAGCACUGAGUUGGGCGGAACGGUACUGAUGAACUACAUCUCUCACUGGAGGGAUACUAAAUGUAUCUCCACCAGGCAGCACUGAUGUUGCAUUUUUUGGGGGGUUAAAAAAAGGGAACACUGAGUCACAUCCACCAUGGAUUUACGGAGAGAGCAUAUAGAGGAUACAACCACUGGAUAAACAAAACCAUAGAUUUCCUCAUUCCUCCCUUUUUGGGGGAGGGGUCAAGCUAUCUCUCUUUUCGUCACCCCCCACCCCUGUCCUCCCUUUCUUCAUCCGAUCUGAUUGGACACGCCUGCUGUCUGAGAGAGACGGUCGCCGAGAAGAAGAACAAGGGAUUAUUUGCAGGCGUUUGAAACCUGUGAGGAGGAGAAACAUAGCGAGUGAAGGACCGUUUUUUUUUUUUUUUUUGUUUCCGUCUGUGUUUACUAAAGUUUACGAAGCGGGCUGAUGUUCCCUUUUCACCCUCCGCCUUCAGAUGUCUUCCUGUCAUAUUCGGUGACCUCCUUCCGCAACCACGUUCUGAUGUUUGUCUUUGGUCCCAGUAGAAAAUUAUAAACCACAUUUAAACCCUGCUGGAGUCCACUCUGCCAAAUGAACAGGAGCGACUCCGUGGAGAUGUUUCAGCUCAUUCAUGUAUUCACACAUCCACAUGCACCUUAGACCUGUUUGAGUGUUGGUGAAACAGUGUGUGUGUGAGUGUGUCUUUGUGUCAUUAUUGUGAGGUUUUGGGGUGUGAAGGGGAGAGAGAGAAACAGUCAGGGGGGAAAGGGGAAGAGAAAAGGGAACGGGGGAAGGAAAGGAGAUGCUCUCGACGUUCCUUCUCUCCCCAGCGUCUGCUGACGCAUGAGGGAUGUUGCAGGGUUGAGUGUGCAGAAUGUGUGCGCUCCCCUGGCGCUUCCAGAUAACUCUGAAUAAAUCACGGCCCUGUCGAUGGCGUGCGAGACGGAUGACACCCCAGCGUUAGUUUGUCCGACGAGAACAAUUCGAGGGGAGCCGGGGAACGAUCUCCCUUCAGUUUCGUCUCGCUGUCUGUCUCGGAGCCGAGAUGACUUUGUUUCCUUGGAAACUAAAGCAUGUGAAAAAGGGAGACGGGAUGGGUGUUGUUGAGAUGAGUGGGCGGGUUCACAUCAGGCGAGGAGCUGCAGCGUUCAGAUGAGGUCAAUGCCGAAUACAGGUCCCCCAGUAAAAUAUUCCUUUCUCCUCCGCUGCCAAUCGCCCACUCUCUGAAACUGACUCUUCCGGAGCUUCUUCUGUCUUUCUCCUGUCGUCUCUCCGCGUUUUGUGCUGCUGUCUUCUUUUUGUUUUGGGUUUUUUUUGUCCUCGGUGUGUGUUUUUAACUUAAUCCUCAUUAACAAGGCAUACUUAAUUCCCGUCUUCAAUUAUUUUCUUUUUCAUAUCCUCUCCAGAAGCAGCUUCCCUCGCUCAUACAGUACACACACACACACACACACACACACACACACACACACACUGGCUCUCAAACUCCAUUUUGGGUGUGUAUCUAUUUCCACUUAAUCCCUGCAAGAAUUCCCCAUUUCAACAAUAGGGUUGUAUUUAUCUUCGCUCUGCCUCAUUUCUCUCGCCCUGUCUCUAUAGGACAGGGCAGCCGUUACCAUGGCAAUGCCUUC